GAGCGUCUUAAGACCAAAACUAAGGUAAAUUUCUUGAGGGUUAAACGCCUAUUGUAGACUGGCUAAGCUACUGGCCCUAAGACCCGACUAGGAAUAUUGGCCAUUGUGACAAUAGGAAAAGUGGGGGUAAUCCAUGGUUACAUAGAGCGGAUAUUUGAGAGGUAACAUCGCGGAUAUGACUGCUCUCCGGGUACACUCAGGCUGAGCGAUUUGUUUACUCUGUCAAACAUUUUAUAUCGUCGUCACAAUAUCGAAAAAAAUGUCCAUGAGACCCGAUGAUCACAGGAGGAAAUGGAACCGGGAGGAAUACGAAAGGAUUGCGCUUCAGAGGCUCCAGGAUGAAAUCGCAGAGGAGGAAUUGGGUCUUCCUAAGCAACCGGCAGUUAAGAGAGAGUUGCUCAAACAGAGAGACUAUAAAGUAGAUCUUGAAUCUAAAUUGGGAAAGAGUGUAGUUAUCAAUAAAAAUACACCAUCCUCACAAACUGGAGGAUAUUACUGCAAUGUCUGUGACUGCGUUGUUAAAGAUUCCAUCAAUUUUUUGGACCAUAUUAACGGGACAAAACAUCAACGCAACUUGGGUAUGUCUAUGAAGAUAGAGAGAUCCACGGUGGAACAAGUUAGAGCUAGAUUUGCCCUGAAUAAGAAAAAACGUGAAGAGAAGGAAAAGGAUUAUGAUUUGGAACAAAGAGUAAAGGAGCUUAAGGAAGAGGAAGAAAAGAUUAAAGAGUACAGGAAGGAAAAGAGGAAAGACAAGAAGAGGAAAAUCGAGGAACUCGUGGAGGACGAUGCCGGGCCAUCUGAUGAAAUGGUCGCAAUCAUGGGAUUUUCCGGCUUUGGCUCCAAGAAGAAGUGACAAAGUGACGUUGUCGAACAUUCGUGAGCACAGCUAUGUUUGAGAAACUCGUUUCUUAUACAGAGACUGCCUUCCCGCCCGCGGGAAGGCAAUUGGAAAUGACGAACAGUUGGAUUUCCAGUCUUUGCAAUUUUGUUGCAAACGUGUGUUUAUAACGUGCACAUUUCCCCACUAUCGUUCGUGUGUCGAAGAAAACGCACAAUUACAAAUCUGUGACCAAUGUGACAACUUACACAAAUUUGAGUUUAUACAAUGUUAAUCGCUCGGAAUAUGCAAUGUGAAGAUAAAAUCAAUUAUAUUGUCGCAAAAUGAUUAUUCGAUAA